AGUUAGCAUUAGAGUUCUUCUUCGUUGGCGGACAUACUCGGCAGCUCCGACGCGCCAUCACGGGAUUAGACGUCCGACGAUUUUUAACAGCAUAAAUAAAUAAAACCCGACACUUUCACACGGUGCAACUUGUGAGACGACAACAUAACGUUAUAUCCGUUAAGUUUGUCCUCAACUCGGAUAAGAAAGUUUAUUAUCCGCCCGCGAAGAACGAAUUCAGUCAACUGUUAGCUUGUGACGUUGUUAGCUGCGGAGGAAUUUCACAGCCUGUUUAUGUUUUCGCCACUUCAGAGAAAUGUUGGACGGAUCUUCGGUUCACAGCGGUGAGGCCAACAUCGGCAACGUCGAAAACAACAACCCGAUCACCGGCAGCGAUGGGGUGAACACGGGAAACAAGGCGAGACCGGCGGUACUGAAGAAAGGAGGGAAGAAGCUGCGGCCGCUACAUCACCAGAAACCUCCGCGAAACAACCUCAACAUCCGCCUGACCGACAACAACAACAACAGUCUGACGGCUUCAUCCGCAGCUCAGCCCGGUACCGAGCUGCCUGCCGGUACCGAGACCGUACUGAACCUCCGUCAUCUCAAACCGGGAGCCAGGAAAGAGCUGCUGAAAUCUAAAGGUGGCAGAUCGGAGCGAGGGCCGGCGCCGUCAGGAGGCCAACCAGCCCGCGGCCCGGUCGGACACGAACAAAUCAGCCAAAAUGUGAACGUUCGGAGCCACAAGCAGGGCCAAAGCAUCGGGGCUCCUCACGCCUCCAGGAAGAAAGACAACGGCAGCCCGAACAAGCCCUCCUCCCCCCACCAGCCCGCGCUCCGAGAGCAGAAGAAACCCCUCCACGCGUCCAACAACUUGAAGAUCUUCAACGCGCCGCCCGCCGAAGCCGCGCCCGAAUACCUCAAAGACGGCGAGAAGGUGUACGCUGGAGCCAAGUUCAGUGAGCCGCCCUCACCCAGUGUCUUACCUAAACCGCCCAGUCACUGGGUCGGAGAAAACGAGCCUCAACAGAGCAACCAAAGCCGAGAGCAAAUGACUGUUCAUUUAAAGUCGCUGCUGAAGGUUCAAGAUAAAGCGUGACGGCGAGUGCGGAGUCCCGACGGAUAUCACCGAUUGCCAACAACUGGAAAAUUAGUAAUGAGAUAAAUUAAGUUUGGCCUUUAACACAUUGCAAUACAAUGUAGGGAGUUUUUAUUAACUGUAGUACAUUUUCCUGUAAUAAGCCAGCACGCUGCCUGCAUUUGUAAACAGUUCGGAGCCUCCUUGUUGUUGCUGGAGAUCAGACUGACAUGCUGUGUAUGUCGGUCCUUAAUCAGAUAUUUACUGCCUUCUCUUUGACAGGAGAAAUAAGAGAGUAAGAUGUUUUUGUGAUUUGAAAUUUAUGAGAAAACAAAUGGUUACUAUUAAAAAAAAAAGAAAAAGUGAAGGUAUGAAAGUGCGGCGGGAGGCUGAAGUCGUCUCCAGCAGCAACACGAUCAGUGUCUCGAUGUUUGCAAAGCGAUGAAGGCUCUUUCUCUGUGAAUAGUUUUGAAAAGGCAGCCUCGCGUCGAUCGACUUUUUAAAAGAGCUCGUGUAAAUGUACAUAAUAUAUUUGUGUAUAUUUUUCCUCGUUAUUUUAACUGAGAUUCUAGUUUUGUUACUGAGGUUUUUUUUUUUCCAAAAAAAAAAAAAAAAAAAAAAAAAAAAAAAGUCCCCUGCGAACUGAGGCACUUUGUAAACAGCUCCUUCAGCGUGAGGUACAGUGGACGUAAGAAAGACUUUUUCUUACCGAUUUGCACUGAAAACUAAAAUCGGGAAGGGCGGGAAACCUGACUUUGAGGUUCCGAAGCUUGAGCGGCCACUCCGAUGAAUUCACCAGCCAGAUUAAAGCACAGGAGAGGACUUUCACAUCUCGGCUGGUUACUUUCAAAACGGCCCCCCCGAUAGCGGACGAACCCAAAGUCAACGGGUAAAGUUUACCAGCCGUCGACUGGUGGCUGAAUCUUCCUUCCCUGAACCUGAACACGGGUCCAGCCGGUGGAAAAAGCCAAGAGUCAAAUCAGGGACUGUGAAGCUGGCGAGGCCGUCGGAGCCUCAGCGAACUGAAGAGAAGAUGGCCGUGUGAAAAGUCUCCAAACCAGCUGCUGCAGAAAGCCAGUAUCCAGCAUCCAGACCGCUGUUUCUUUUUUUUUUUUUUUUAAACUUCAUUGCACUGACUUAAGAGUACGUCCACAUUAAACCGGCUCAAUUUUAAAAAAAAAUCUUUGCUCUCUUGUGUUUCUGCCUUCCGUCCACAACAAGUCGGCGUCUUUCUCACCCAACGAGACGAGACGAACACCUGCCCGGUCAUCGUUAUCACAUCACUCAUUUUAAAUGUCAGUAUAGCUGAUCAACAACACAGCUGUUGUCACUUAACUGUAUUUCUUUUUUCCUUUUUUUUGUC